AUGAACGAUUCUAUAGAAAAUGGUGUCUGGAACGUGGGCCACGUGGCCAAGCGUCUCGCGCCGGAAGAGAUCGAUACUUUAAGGGCGCAGAAUUCUCGUUUAGUGUCCGAAUUCCGCGCGAGCCAGCUUGAGAAAGACGCGAAGAAGCAUUGGGAUUUAUUUUAUAAGAGAAACGACACCAGAUUUUUCAAAGAUAGACACUGGACCACGCGGGAGUUCGAAGAGUUAUUAGAUAUAGCCGGCCACGAGGGUCGGAAUACUCUCCUCGAGGUGGGCUGUGGCGUUGGGAAUUUCGUUUAUCCGUUGAUGGAGGACGGAUUGAAAUUUCGAAAAAUAUUCGCAUGCGAUUUAUCCACGAGGGCGAUCGAGUUGCUCAAGAGUCACACGUUGUUCGAUUCCGAAAUCGUAAGAGCCUUUCAAGCCGACGUUACGUUAGACGAUUGCUUCUCCGAGAUCGAUUGCCCAGUCGACGUUGCGACUCUCAUCUUCGUACUGUCGGCCAUUCAUCCUGACAAAUUUCUAAGAGUUGCCGAAAACGUGUACAAGGCGCUUGCUAGCGGAGGUAUGUUACUUUUCCGAGAUUACGGAUUAUACGACAUGGCGCAAUUACGAUUUAAGCCUGGGCAUAAGAUCAGCGAGAAUCUCUAUAUGCGGCAGGAUGGAACUAGAAGUUAUUACUUCUCAUCCGAGCAAGUGGCUAGCCUGUUUGAGUCCGUUGGUUUCCAAACGGUGGAAUGUGGCUACGUACAAAGGCGUACGGUGAAUUUUAAGGAGAACGUUGAUGUUCCGAGAAUCUUUGUGCAGGCGAAAUUCAAGAAAACUUGAAUCAUAAGUGAACAAUGAUAAUUGAGCAGAAUCACAUGAAUGUUCGAGCAGUUUUAAACUGUUUGCGUACGUUGCGCACUUUACUGGCGCUGCAUCAAAUAUAUUUUGAUGGUAGUGAUGGCUUCCGGAUAGAUACCAUGUUCCUUGACACCUUUCGACGUUUCGCAGACAUUGCAGUCCGCAUCAAGGCUUUGAUGAUUAUGCUGUUAAUAAAUAAUGCAUAUAUCAAAUACGAGGAUAUUGAGAUGGAAAUAAAUGUUCUUUAAACAAGAAAUCUUUGGCAAGAAAUCUCAAUCGCCAAAAUACACGAUUUAUGAUUGCAAAUAAAGGAUCACAGUCAAGAGGCGUUAAGAGAUAUAGAGAUGCCGGUCCGGUUAAAGUCAUGGAGCCGCGUUAAAUAACAAUAUAAUACUGUAGAACUUUUACUACUGAGGAACAAUACGAUGUCAUAAGUGCGAAAUAAUAUAUGCAUUAGUCUGUAUUGAAGUGUAUAUGAUUCAUGCAAGUAGAGAUACAAUAUGGUCUGUAUUAGAGUACAUGAUCUAUGCAAGUAGAAAUAUAAUAUGGUGAGUUUAAUAUUUAUAUUGGGGUCAAUAAAUUUCUCAAGUAAACAUAUGUAAUGAUGAUUAUCCUAAUACCAUCUUUCGCCUGAAUCUUUGUGAUUGUAACUUAAUAUCUGAUGUAAUAAUGUUAAUUAUAAAUUUAUAUUUGCAGAAUACAUGACAUCAUAUAUCAAAUUGUUUUAUUGUAGAUCCGAUAUGUUGGAGCGCAGUCUAGUGUGGAUAACUAAAAUAUUGAAAUGUAUUUCAAUCUAAUAAAUAAAAUGAAAUUGUUUUAUAUAUA